AUGAGAUCAAGAUGCGUUUUCAGCGCGCUCGUGGUCGCAGGGACCGCCCUUAUGCUCGUGACGGUGCUCGCUGCCCCCACUGCCGCCGCGGCCAGCCACGCGGUUGAUGGACCGAAGGGCGCAGACGACUGGGAGAUCCCCAACAUGCGCGCGGCGCUGGACGACGCGUGGAGCGCCGACGACGCGGCCCCCAUCCAUGCCGCCUCGGUCGGCGGCGCCGACGCCGACGAGCUCGACGUCGAGGCCGCGUCGGCCGACGGCGCGCGGCCCCGCCAGACCGACGCCGAGCUGUGCGGCCUCCCGAACGUGGCCGCUGCGGGCUGCCCAGCGCUGCUCACGCCUGGCGCCGGCUGGUGGACGGGCGGCGCGGAGCGCCGCAACGCGUUCCUGAUGUCGGUGCUGAUGCGCGACAACUACCCCAUCGUGCACAACCUCGGCGCCGACAACGACGACACCCCUCAGAAGAAGGCGCUCUGGCAGUGCCUGAUGCGCAGCAAGUGGCUGGCGCUGGGCGCUGAGAAGGUCGAGUUUUACGAGAGCCUGCUCAACACCAUCGUUUUCAUCAAGGUCGGCAACAGCGUCUUCGCCAACCUGCGCGGCACCUGGACCGACGCCCACCGCAAGUCCAACAUGGAGUGGCGCCUCGGCAGCAGCAAGCGGCUGUGGGGCCAGGAGGUCCGCUACCACAAGGGCUGGGGCAAGACCGCCGAGGAUGCGUACUCCGCCAUCCGCACCGCCGUCACCGACAGCUUUGGCAUCAGGGACGGCAACUGCAACCUGUACCUCUCCGGCCACUCGCGCGGCGCCGGCGCGGCGCUGCUCGUCGCCGCCCGUACAACGGGGCGCUGA